GCUGCUGUACAUGAUUGUGAUCAUUGGGAUUUACGUAGAGAGGGACGGCACCGCUACCUUGUCUGUGCGGCUGUUCCCUGCCCAGUUUUAUUUCAAAAUCUGAUUGGAGGUGGAAAGUCUGAGCUGUCUGUAAUGUGAAACUAGAAGAAUCAAAACUGGUUUACAGCAAAUAGUUCACUGAGAGAACACGGAACAUUACUAUUGGAUUUCUAACUUCAAAGUCAAUCUGAACCCCACCCUGUGUGAGGAAUUCAUCCUUCCACCCUUUGCAUUAAGUGCCUUCAACAUGACUGUGAACAGUAUUGUGGAAAUCUCCACGUCAAGAGGAUAGCUACUGUGCACAACAAAGGAAAUGCGCAAAACCCUCCCCACAACAUUCACUAAAUCACUGCGUUGUUGACUUGAGCGCAGGAUGCAGGAAAUGUACUGGAAUAUGAAGGACAGUCAGUCUCCUGUGAAUGAAUAAAGAAGAUCGAUGGCCUUGGGAUUCUGCUAUUAGCUGACUGCAGUAAAGCAACAACAUCUGCUGAUAAUGAUGGGCAUUUAACAAGUGCCUUAUCUCAGAAGUAAUCCAUGGGUGUGAGGAAAGGCAAGACUAUUCCUGCCCUUUCUGGAUGUCCAGCUACCUUGUGCUGAUGCACCCAUGCCUGAGUACGAGACCAUGGAUGAUCACCCCUCACAAGGGACUGACAAUGGCAAGCCAGCUUCAAAACCGGACCUCCCCAAAGUGAGUGGUCGAGCCUGGGGAAGACUGCUGAAACUCUUUCACCUGAACACUUCUGUGAUCUUCAUCUUGGCAACUGAGUUCUUUGAAAAGAUUGCAUUCGUUGGACAAAGAGCUAUCCUGGUGUUGUUCUUCACUGAUGGACUCUCCCUGUCUGAGAGCAAGGCCACAUCUCUCUACCAUGUCUUCACCUUCUUCGCAACAACCUUCACCAUCUUGGGAGCCUUCCUCUCCGACUACGUCUGUGGUCGAUACAGGAGCAUUCUCAUAUUCACCAUCUUAUUCCUGGGUGGUGCCACUCUUUUGUCGGCUACUGCUUAUCCAAUACCAAUUGGGAUGCCAGGGGUUGGUUCCGCCAUUGGACUCUUCCUCAUUAGUUUGGGAUUCGGCAGCAUCCAAUCCAACUUGUCACACUUUGGUGCUGAUCAAAUUGGUAUGAAAGAGGAGAAACAAUACUGGACGUACUUUUCACUUUUCUACUUUUCUGUAAAUUUGGCAUCUUUGAUUUCCGGGAUUUGCGUACCGAUUUUGCGAGAGGAUGUCAAGUGUCUCAAUGCAGACUGCUAUCCCCUUGCAUUUGGAGUUUGUUCAAUAGCCGUAUUGGUGGCUUUAGUGAUCUUUGGAGUAGGCACACCCAGGUACAAGAUCUACCCACCAUCUGGUAACCUGUUCUGCAAAGUCAUCUCUGCCACAUGGAGCGCCCUGAAAAACAAGAUCAAGUGGCUCAGGAAUAAGAAGAAAGAGAAGGCCAGGGAGCAUUGGUUGGACUGGGCCGACCCACGCUAUGAGCAAGAUCUCAUCAGUGAUGCCAAGAAGUUAUACAACCUGUUGGUGUUAUACCCGCUGAUGCCAAUGUACUGGGCACUCUAUGAGCAACAGGGCUCACGGUGGACUCUACAGGCCCACGAGAUGGAGCUCAACAUGGGAUCACUCACACUGAAACCUGACCAGCUGCAGAGCCUGAACCUGUUCUUUGUGCUGUUCCUGUUGCCGAUAUUUGAAGGAAUCAUCUAUCCUCAGUUUGAGAAGAUAAACUUGUUGUUACGGCCGGUCACACGGAUGUCCAUUGGGCUGUUUGGAGCAGUGGUUGCAUUCCUUAUUGCUGGGAUUGUCCAGUUGCAAAUUCAGAAGUGGCAGCUUCCACCUCAGCCAGACGGUGUGACUGAAUUGAAAAUUUUUAACGGAGCUCUUUGCAAUCUUAACAUCGAUUUCUUGGAAAAUCAUCUUGUGAUGGAUCAGCACGCGUUGUCUCCCAGCUAUCCCGUGCCCAUGGUCCCCUACACACUGCGCAUUGCUCCUGAACGCUGCUCACUGCCUCCAGUGUCAGGAAGCAUCAACUUCACAACCGACUCGAAGACCAGGAGUACCCUCUUCAUAGUGCAAGAUCUCACAACCAGGGAAUUGACUGUCACACAGAUUCCGGACAACACAGUGAAGAUUUUGGAUAACUUAGCUCUUGUUCGGAUCUUCCCCUUGCUGGGAACAGCAUCACCAAGCCACAACAGAACUGUGAGACUGAAGUGCAAACCAGAUGCUUCAGAAAACCUGCAUGUGAAACCAUUUGUUCCAUCAGCCUACACACCCGUAGAAUUUGGCAGGUGUUCUUUAGAGCUGUCAGAUGGAGUUGGGCUCAGUUUUACCCCGAUUGAGGAAGAGGUGGAGCUGAAGCAAGGUGGAGUUUAUACAAUUGUUCUCCAUCAAGCUAAUAACACAGAGCAUGUGACCGUGCAGUUGAACAUUGACAGCUGGCCAAAGACUGUCUCCGUGCUCUGGCAGAUUCCUCAAUAUUUUGUUAUCUCAAUCACUGAGAUACUGUUUGUGGUGCCUGGACUACACCUGGCCUAUACUCAGGCUCCGUCAUCGAUGAGGUCCGUGACAAUGGCAGCUUGGUUUGCCACCAAAGGGAUUGGAAAUCUCAUUGUGGUGAUAGUGGCUGAGAGUAAACUAAUAACCAAUCAGGCGGUGGAGUUCUUCGUGUUUGCUGCACUCAUGGGGCUGACCGCACUCAUCUUCUUCGUCACUGCAAGGUUUUAUGAAUAUCACCCGAUCGACACCAAAGAGAAAGAAACCGAUGGACUGAAUUCAGAGAUAAAAUCACCGUUGCCAUACUCAAAGAAGGAGAACUUAAUGGAGAGCAACAGUUAGCUCCUCAAAAAACCAUAAGACUGUCCGUUCAGAGACUAUCAAACCUUGAAUGGAAGUCGACACAUGUGCAUUCAUGUACGUGUGUGGGUGUGUGCUUGGAUAUGUCUCAAGGGAGAUCAUCUUCUACAUCCACUAUGAUUGUUAAUCUUAAACAAUAUUUUCAUUGACUUCACCCGGGUACUUUCUUUGAUUGGAACUUGGUAAUAGUGUUGAUGAAAAUAAUCAGUGCUAUCUGGAUCUGAAGAAGAGGAAUAGACCUUGAUGGGACUCCAGUGGAAACCACAACCAUGGCCUGCAACUAUCAAGUUUUAACUUUUGUCCUGGUUUGAGAUGGAUAAUAAAGUCGGUGUGUGCGGUGAUGUAGAGAUUAUGAUGCUAUGGUGAUUUUCAGUAUUAUCUCCUUCCCAUUAGCUGCAGUUGAUGAAGGUAGCCAAGAAGUUCCCCAGGGCAAUGUCAUCUUCAGCUGUUUCAUCAAUGACCUUCCAUCCAUCGUAAGUUCAGAAAUAAGGAUGGUUACUGAUAGUUGCCCAAUGGUUUAAUUCCACACAUAUCUGAUGUUUGGAUUUACUGUUUCUCAUUAUAUUGAGGCUGUGCCCUUUGACCCGACACCAUCUAGGAUAAAGCAGCCCGCUUGACUGGCAAUACACAUCGUGGAACUCUCCACCCAGCAGCUCCAUGGGAGUCCCUUAACCAGAGGGACUGCAGCAUCUUAGCCCCUCGAGGAUCAAUAGGGGUGGCAAAUAAAUGCUGGCUUCGUUGGUGAUGCGCAUGUCCCAAACGGAUGUACCUGUAAAAUGCAGAUGAGGAGGAUUUCCUUUAGCCAGAGGGUGUUGAAUCUGUGGAAUUCAUUGACUAAGACAUUAUUUUUAAAGCAGAGAUUGAUAGGUUCUUGAAUAAGAAAGGGAUCAAAUGUUACAGGGAGAAGGCAGGAGAAUGGGGUUAAGAGGGAAUGAUUCAAUGGCGAAGUAGACUUGAUGGGUUGAAUUGCCUAAUUCUGCUAUUAUGUCUUAUGGUCAUAAAAAUUGAAUAAAUAAAGGUAACGCUGCUUCAAA